GCUUGUUCUACUUCUUGGGGCCGCUCCUCAGCGAGUCGAUGGCUUCGCGGGAGAAGGAGAUCCAGAGCGACAUCGACGACGCCAUCGCCAAGUACAACGAGGCGUCUGCGCGUUUGGCAGAGGCCAAGAAAGCUAAGGAGCAGGCCGAUGCUGUGGUCAAGGAGAUCAACGAGAGCGUCGCAAAGGACGUGGCGGAGUUCCAGGCUUCCCUUAAU